CAGAAAUUUGUUUUUUUUUAAAUGAGCUAGGCCCUUCUUAUGUUCAAAGGAGAGACUAAGGUAGGUUCAGUGAAAAAUGAAACAGAGCUCAUUAUGUAGUCCUGUUUUUUUUUUGUUACACUCCCUUUACAAGUAUUUGUAGAAAUUGUUUUUUUUUGUGAAUAGAACCAAUAACCAAAUUUUCUUGCGGAAACCAAUUCCACAUUUUCUUCAUUUUUUUUAAUUUCGACUUUCAUUAUGCACAUUGCAGGCAGAUGGUAAUUUUAAAUCUACAUCUUUUUCUCUAUGAGUGUCUAAUAAACAGCUGACAUUCAUUCAGAAGGCUAUGUCAGGUCAAUUUGUUGUUUGCCAGCAUUUUCUGUCUAUGGCAGCAAGGAUGCCAAAUUUAGAUAAGAAAAACAUCACAAAAAAAUUAACAAAACUACUGCUAAUUCAAAAUCUAUUCAACAAAUCUGUUUUGCAUUCAAGGCUCACUUAUUCUCAACCCUAAUUCACGAUUGCAUCCUUCGUUGGUUAAGAGCCAAGGUUUCUUGUGACUCGAUCGAAAUCAAACGCCAGUCGGUUCAACCAAAUUCCUUAUGUAGUUUGAAAUGACUCUAUUCUCAGUUGAGUCAUACAUUCAUGCAAGUCUCUUACUCUCUCGCUAAGCGAUUUCAAUCUAAGAUGUCAAAAUUGUUCAAGUUCCACUUCUUGUCCCGUUUAAGGGCAUAUUUGCUUACACAACAAGGACUUAAUAUUAUUUGUUCUUGGCAGCAAACAUCAAACUGAUCUGGCAGUGCCGAGGAAUGUCUAAAUGUGGGCAGGCUAAUAUUAGAUGUGCCGGCUGUGAAGUCAUACGACAGGGGCUGGUCAUUCCAUGCAUAGCUUCUGACCAUUUCAGCCACACGCCGGCCUAGCAAUAUAACAUAACAGGGAGGGUUAGUCGGAGUUCGGAAGGGAGAAACAUUUCGGACGGGUCAUUUAGAAAAGGGGGUGAAAGGCCAACAAAUGCGGGUGUUGAGCGUUCGCCGCUUGAAAUCGUACAUGCAGAAAAAACGGACGCAGCUGAAACUUAAGUUAAAGGAGUUCCUAUGUAAGACUUGCGUGCAUACAGAACAGAGUAGAGCUAGCUGCCACGCAUACAGAAACGAUGCAUGAUCGCUUCUGCGUUGUCUGUGCUACAAGAAGGGCCAAAUGUGUCUGGGGCAAGUAUGAGAUUGUUAGUACUUUAGGUGAAGGUACCUUCGGCAAAGUCGUGGAAUGCGUCGACCACCAAAGAGGGAGGAAAAGCAUCGCGCUGAAGAUAAUCAAGAACAUAGAGAAGUACCGAGAGGCCGCUAAACUGGAAAUCAACGUUCUGGAAAAGCUCGCAGACAAGGAUCCUAGCAACAAAUUCCCUUUUGGUGAUCAGGGAGACUGGUUUAGUACCAUGAUGGCCAAUGCCUCUCGGGAACAAAGCCUGUGUGUACAGAUGCUGGACUGGUUUGACUACCAUGGACACAUGUGCAUCUCAUUCGACAUGCUGGGGCUCAGCGUCUUCGACUUUCUGAAAGAGAACAGUUACCAGCCCUACCCCCUUCAUCAAGUUCGACACAUCGCAUACCAAAUGUGCUACGCUGUCAAAUUUCUGCAUGACAACAAAAUCACCCACACCGACCUGAAGCCGGAAAAUGUCCUCUUCGUCGACUCUUCAUAUGACAUGUUCUACAAUGCAGAAAAGAAGAGAGAUGAGAAGUAUGUGAAGAUGACAGACAUCCGGCUGAUCGACUUUGGUUCAGCAACGUUCGACUGGGAACAUCACAGUACCAUCGUCUCCACCAGACACUACAGGGCACCCGAGGUCAUUCUGGAGUUGGGCUGGGCCCAGCCAUGUGACGUUUGGUCCAUUGGUGCCAUCAUAUUUGAGCUGUACCUGGGCUUCACAAUGUACCAGACACACGACAACAGAGAACACCUGGCCAUGAUGGAACGCAUCCUGGGACCAAUGCCCUCCAAACUCAUCAAGAAAACAAGGAAGCAGAAGUAUUUCUACAAGUCCAGACUAGACUGGGACGAGUCCAGUUCAGCAGGGCGGUACGUCCGGGAAAACUGCAAACCUCUACGGCGCUACAUGCUUGUGAACGACAAGGAACACGAGGAGCUGUUUGACCUCAUCUCCCAGAUGCUGACCUACGACCCUUCCAAACGCAUCACACUGUCGGAGGCCCUGAGCCACCCCUUCUUCGCCCUCCUUCCACCGGAGCAACGCCUCGGCAGACGGGAACACUCGCACAGCCUCAGCAGAUGACAGGGCAGAGGUCAUAGUUCAGGGUCAGGGGUCAUAGUUCAGGGUUCACACUCAGCCGGUCAGAGGUGAACCGAGCAACACCUUGGCAGAUGGGAACACUUGCACAGUCAUAGGUCAGGGCAUAGUUCAGGGUCAGGGCAGAGGUCAUAGUUCAGGGUCAUAGUUCACACUCAGCCGGUCAGAGGUGAACUGAGUUUGCACACGUGUGUGUAGCUAGGAUAGGUUUUUACAUUGUCACUAAUCUGUAAGGGGUACUAGUAUGCAUAAGUAUGGAAACCAGGGCUCAAAUUACACUCCUGAAACUUGCAACAUCGCUCACAGUUAGCCAGUCACACAUUCAAAACUUCACCACCUAGCUCCCAACCAUAAAUAGGAGAAGAUUUGUCAGCUAUAUGUGACAGGCUUUACUCACUGCCCGUUUUACCAUCAGUUCUUCCCUGUUGUACUAAGGUUAGACUUGAUACGUUCAACCUCAAGGAUGUAAGCUUUUGGUGUCUACAUCACGGUAUUAUAGAGAACAACUGUCAAGUAUUUCAAGCCCUGCUUUAACUUUCACAGUACACCUUGGGAACAAAAACAGAUUUUAUGAGCCCCUUUUGGUGUCUACAUACUGUACUAGGUAGUUGAUAUAAAUGUACGUGGACCAUUGUCUUUAGUGGUGCUCAUAUAAAUGUCGGUUUUGUAUAUGUCGGUACUUAAUAUUAUAGUUAACAUGUCACAGAUUAUAUGUGAAUUUAAUGUUAAAUGUGCACGAGUGUGGAUCAGUAUUCUAGCUAGUUCAUUUGUCAAGGUAUGAAUGAAUGAUGUAAAUAAGAAUUAAGACCUGUAACCCACGUUUUGCAGCAAUUAAUGAUAAUAACUAUAUGAGAAACUCACUGGUGCAGGUUAGGUACAUGUAGCUCUACAAAAUGUUUCAGAAACGUGCAAAGAAGUUAAAACAAUGUUGAAGCCACAAAUAUGUAAGUAUCACUGUCCGACUGUUUUAGUCGUUACCAAAGUUAGAAUAUAAGUCAUUUGUAUAUUUAUUGACUCCUUGUCUUCUUAAUGGGAACAUGUGUACAGAUAUAGAUGCUAAUACUCAAUGUAAAGCACAUUUAAGGGUGCCUUAUGCCUGCCAUUCUGUAUUCAAACUUGAAAGAGUAGUCAUAUACAUUUUAUUAUUUCCGUAUAUGUGCGUGUGCAAUUGUGUUAGAAAUAAUCACAUUUUGUUUUUGGAAGCAUUUCAAUCAUCACAGUAGUUCCUUUUAGAAUUUUUAAUUCUUACACUGAUCGUACAAAUUGUACACGAAUGCAAAUUAUUGCAAGGCAAAGUCAUUGCUUCUACUGCGACUUUAGCAAACGACUUCAGAACAUCGGUAAUUUUUCUACUUAAUGUUUAGAAAGAACGUUGCACUGUAGCAAAUGAAACAAAAUGCCAGCAAACUUCCAUGAAUUUAUGUUAGGUGUGUGUGUACAUCAUUAUUUAUUAGCUGAUGCUGUUAGUUUAUUUUCACAUAAAGACCUUGUUGUCAAAAGUCUGAACAGUUUCUACUACAUAACUGCUGCAUGACUUAGCAAAAUAAUGCAAACCUAAGACAUGAUUUCUUCCUGUAUAUGUUAUUGUUAACAUCACAAACAUCGAAAGCUUUCCAGUUAAAGUGAAAUCUGUACCUCAGUUCAAAAUGGGUCUGUGCAAAAGUACAUGUAGGAACAACAAAGUAUAUGAAGCAUGUGGGUAGGAAUUUGUAGUGGACUAGACAUUAGGUAUGUCUUCCAAGUGUAUUUAGCUUGUUAUGUGGGUAACCUAU